AAAUUUGGACUCCCUGUGGGCUGAUUCUCGGAAAACAAAUUCGCUUAGCGGAUGCCUCCUUUGAACAAGCUUUCACUAGAUGUCGUCGAAGUUGCCAGUUGGUUUGUUUGGUAGCUGAAAACAUACGGAAAGAGAAAGUAUUGAUCAUCAGAAUGAUGGCAUCGGACAAUGGUGAUGCUUCAAGUGACUUCUUACCUAGAGAUUAUCAGAUUGAAAUCUUUGAAGAAGCUUGCCGGCAAAAUGUAGUUGUUUGUCUUGGCACUGGCACUGGUAAGACAUUCAUCAGCGUGUUGCUGAUCAAAGAGCUGGCUCAUCAAAUCAAAGGAAAACUUAGUGAAGGGGGCAAAAGGACGUUUUUCCUGGUCACCACAGUUCCUUUAGUACAUCAACAAAGCAAAGCAAUUGAAGACAGGACAUUCCUUAAGGUAGGUAAAUAUACAGGAGACAUGGGUGUUGACUUCUGGGACAAGGAAGACUGGAAGAAGGAAUUCAAUGCGCACGAUGUUCUGGUAAUGACACAUCAGAUAUUGCUUGAUAUGCUUCAACAUAAUUACUUGCUACCAUCGAAUAUCAAUCUGCUAGUACUGGAUGAAUGUCACCAUACUAAUAAAAACCACCCGUAUGCGCAGAUCAUGAAACGAAUCGAAGAUUUUAGCAUCAAACCCCGCGUUAUGGGUUUAACAGCCUCUAUCAUAAAUGAAAAGGUCAAGAAUAAAGGCAUCUCACUUCGACACCAUCUAGAAGAAAGAAUGAAGGAACUUGAGAUAAACCUACGAGCAGUAUGCUUUACGUGUGCAGAUCAAUCUUCUACAUCGUCAUAUGCAACAAAGCCAAAGGAAAGUAUAAAAGGAUAUCCUGACCUGGAAUUUGAUGACUCUCAGUUCUAUCAGAUAUACACACAAAUCUCAGAUCUUCUUAAAUUUAACGGAGAAAUGCCAAAUAGCAAAGAGGAAAAGGAGGCUUACAAAAAAUGUGUAAAUGCCCUUAGAGAUCUACAAGAAAUUUUAGACUUCCUUGGAGGAUGGUGCACUUACAAAGCUGCAAUUGUUAUCAAAGAAAAUAUUGAAAAGGAGAAAGAUAGCUUUCAUCGUAUUGGGUCGGAGUGGCUCGAUUAUGUGGUUCAAAUAGCAGAGGACAUUAUUCAUUUGUUUGAGCACUAUGCAGUGUCUCAAUUUGGGGGCAUUGAAAGUAUUUUGCUCAUGAUGCCCUUAAUCACCCCAAAAGUUAUGACACUGAUGGACUUGCUGGUUGAUAAUAAGAAAGAUCUCUGUGCGAUUGUGUUUGUGAAAAAGCGAAUCACUGCUCACGUUUUGAGUGAUCUCAUCAACAACUUAGUGACGUGCUAUGAGCAUUAUGAAGGCAUCGUCAGUGAUUUUGUAUACGGACAUAAUUUGGUGGGUAUCUUCACCCAAAAGGAGUUGUGCUCAAUGACGUCAAAGAACCAAGAGAAAAUCCUGCGGAGAUUUCGAAGCAUGGAAUUCAAUGUGCUUGUUGCGACGAGUGUUGUGGAGGAGGGGCUCGAUGUUCGCAAGUGUAACCUCGUCGUGAGAUUCGAUGGUCUACAGAAUUAUAGGGAAUACGUACAAUCAAAGGGAAGAGCACGGGCAAAAAAUUCUAAAUUUGUCAUAUUAUCAAGACAAGAGGAGAUUGAAUCAACAGAAUAUCAGCUUGAGAGAAUGCGAGAGGUUGAACAAAUUUUAAUCGAAAAAAGCAGAGGUCGUGAAUUACCAACCGAAGAAGAAAUUGCAGAAUACAGAGUUGCAGAGCAGCUCAUCGAGCCCUUUAGGAUUUCUGACGAGGAAGGGGCGGCAGAAAUAAAUCGAAACAAUGCGAUGCAGCUACUGCACAUUUAUUGUUCGAAGCUUCCUUCGGGUCAGUAUACAUCUCUGAGACCGACCUUUAAAAUUCAAAAACACGCUGAUUAUGGUGAAUUCAUGGCUAUUGUCAGUUUACCGAUAAACUGUCCUGUGAGAGAAACAAUCGAGGGCGAUUGGCUUCCAACCGAAAAACUAGCAAGAAUCUCUGCGGCAAAAGAGGCGUGUGUUCGUCUUUGGAAGGCUAAAGAACUUGAUGACUAUUUCGUACCAAUUAAAAGAAACUACGAAUCUGACGAAACCGAUGAAGAUGAGGAUGAAGUUGUGCAUGCUGGAAGUGCCUGUAUGAGUACGCCAUUUGUUUAUCAAAGAAAGAUCCCAGACUGUUUUGAGUUCGAAGGACCUUUUCCUUCAUCUGGCUUAUAUCUCUAUGCUUUGGAGAUAGUUCUGGAGAAACCAAAGACUGGUCAAGAGUCUUUAUGGAAUAUCUGGUAUCGUGAAAAUCGUCGACAAUAUGGCUUACUUGUUGCCAGGCCAUUACCAAAGGUACCGUGCUUCCCGCUGUUUACCCAGGCUGGAGAAGUCAGAGUAAGUGUAAAACUACAAGAGGGCGAUGUCUGCCUGGACCGUCUGGAGCUUGAAUGCGUGAAGAGUUUCCAUAAAUCAGCAAUGACGAUGUUUGCUGGUGAUUUUGCAUCUGGGAGAUCUUUUUCCCUUGAUAAUGCUAAGUCAAAGGCUCUUCUUGUUGUUCUUGCAAGUGACUCUCAUUCGCUUACAAAAAGAAAGAAGCAGCUGUUCGAUUGCAAGUUUAUGAGUGAAGUAUGUGACGAUCAUUUCUAUCCUGCAGAUGGGGACCUCGAUGAUGCAGUGAUAAGCAAGACCUACCUCGGAGACAGGAAAAGCCUGUAUUAUGUUGCUGCAGUUAGAAACGAUAUAUUGAUCACAGAUAGAAUUGCAGCUGGCAAGGUAACAUUUGAAGAAUACUAUAGAAACAAAUACGGAAAGAUUAUCAGUCAAGAGCAACCGUUGUUGCAGUCUGUCCAUGCAAGUACAAGGAUCAAUUACACUGCCCCUAGGUAUAGCAGCAAAGAGUGGAACAGCUCAAAAAGCGCAUCUGUCGAGUUCUUGGUACCAGAGCUUUGUCAGCGGAAACGGAUUCCUGCUAGCUUCCACUGUCAAUCAGUGUGCGUGCCAUCACUCCUUUUUAGGCUCGAGACGCUUCUUGCUGCCGAAGAAUUAAGACAGCUGAUGAUUCGAGAUAUCUCUCCUUCGCAUUUGAAUUGCCGCUGUGUCAAUAAAAAGGAGAGGGAAUGUUUUGAUGAGAUAAUGCGAAAACCGAAAAAGAAAAGAGGCGGUGUUUGCAGGUAUGAUACAAAUUUUGAGCGUGAAUUUGAAAAUUUAAAGCUGGAUGAUGCAUGUGGAAAUCUUGGUGAAUUAUUGCACGGAAAAAACCAUGGCAGAGACAAAUGCGUCAAAUUAGAGGUGGUCCUACAAUCGCUAACAACUGCCAAAGCAAACGCUGGCUUUGACUUGGAGAGACUGGAGACCCUUGGUGAUUCUUUUCUGAAGGUUGCAACAUCUAUCUACCUGUUCUACAAAUACCCGAUGAAGUACGAAGGAAGGUUGACAGAAAAACGUAAGCAGCUUGUUUGCAAUAAAAAGCUGUUGAAAGUGGCAAAGCAGAAAGAUUUGCAGCACGUUAUGUGCAAUACGUCAUUUGGUGUGAAGCUUACAGGAAAGGAUGAGGAUACGGUGUAUGACCAUGCCAAAACUCUUUGGUUGCCUCCAAUGUUCGCAGAGGUCUUAAGCCAUUCAUCUAGUGAGGAAGAAAAGGUCCCUGUCGCUCCUUGUCACAUUAUCAGAGACAAAUCAUUAGCAGAUGCCAUUGAAGCUCUCAUAGGCGCAUUUUUGGAGCACGAUGGAGUAAAUGGUGCGCUAAAGUUGAUGCAGUGGUUUGGAAUUGACUGUUUCCGCAGCUCUCUAACGCUUAUGCCUGCUCCAAAUUGUAACAGCGCGUAUGCUGAUUUUGAUCUGCCUCAUGCAGCAAUCUACGAAGAAAAUGCGGAAAACCGAGCCUUUGUCACAAGACAGUACAAAAAAAUGAGACUUUCUGCUGUUGAAAAAACGAUAAAUUAUGAGUUUAAAGAUAAAUCGUUUUUGGUGCAGGCCUUUACGCAUAUGUCAUAUCAUUUAAACAAAGUCACGGGCUGCUAUCAACGGCUGGAAUUCCUUGGUGAUGCUGUAUUGGACUUCCUGAUCGUAGGGCACCUAUGCUCUAACAAUGGAGACCUAGACCCAAGCAGUUUAACAGACAUCAAAUCAGCACUGGUGAAUAACAACACAUUUGCCCUGCUCUCACUCAAAUAUCGUCUUCAUAAAGGUUUGAUGAGGCUGGAGUCAAAACUUGAUUCAGUGUUGAGCAGGUUCGGUGACCUCACGAAAGAAGAAAUAAAUGAUAAUUUUAAGAGCCCAUUCAUGAUUCGACUGACGUCUGACGAUGAUCCAGACGAAGGCUAUCAUGCACCUAAAGUACUUGGGGACAUCUUUGAGUCAUUGGCAGGGGCAGUGUUUCUUGACAGUGGUCUUGACUUUCUGCAAGUAUGGAGAGUUUUUUAUCCCAUACUGAAGCCGUUAAUUGAUGCCUACGUGGAAAACGUGCCUUUAAAUCCAGUAAGAGCAAUUAAAGAGAAAUACCCACAAGCCUCCUACAGGUUUGAAAACAUGACAAAUGGAAAGUGCAUGUGUUUUUGGCGGAUUGACGAAAAGGAAUUUUACGGCAUCGGACAAAACCGAAAAAUGGCACAAGGAGCUGCCGCUCAAAAGGCUUUGCUCGAAGUUUGAUCUGCUUUACGAGCAAAUAUCUCCAUUUUCUACGGCAGAUAGACACUGUGUUUGCAAAAAAGAAUUCUUUGCACUAUAUUACGUAGUGUCGUCGUUUUGUAGUUCAUAACUUUUUAAUCUUUACGAUUGGCGUUACAAAGCAAUAAUUUUUUAAUUGACUUAGCUUUGUUUCUUGUAUUUUAAUGCUCUAUUCUUUAUUCCUCAGCUAAGGGGGCUGCCCUCUCCUUUUUGCUAUUGUGGCACAAGGUGGUCAUGUCUUUUCGCUCACAAUACUCCUUCUUGCAAGUAAUCACCCAAAGGAUUUGUUUGAUGUAAUACGGUGUCUUGUUUAGCGCCACAACCUUGUUAAAACCAACUGAACGUUUCGUUGGAGCAUUGUAAAAUAUUGUUUAAAUUUGUUAUGUGUUGAUCAAUAUGCGAUGUGCCCAGUUAGAUUUGAAAGCAACCGAAAUUGUUGUGCGGAUCCAGCAUUUUUCAUAGUCAUUCGCAAUGGAUUUUGGGUAUGAAAUAAAAUCGUUGAUAGAGAUCCUUGUCACGGUUUA